AUGGCUUUCCGGAAUCCCGUCCGUCAGCUCACGAGCAGGACCUCAACCAUCUCCAAGCUCGCAGAGAGACCAACGACCUCGUGGUGGCAACGAAGCAGCGCUGAGCAACUGCGAUCCUUUGCCACUCCAGUGCCUCCUGUAACUCAAGAUGCUACGAGCUCGAAAGGGCCUACGGCCAUGGUGUUUAUGAACAUGGGUGGGCCGUCAACUACCGAUGAAGUUGAGGAUUUCUUGAGCAGACUCUUCGCAGAUGGUGAUUUAAUCCCUCUCGGAAGACUGCAGAACUAUCUCGGGCCUCUCAUCUCCAAGCGUCGAACUCCCAAGAUCGUCAAGCAAUAUGCAGCGAUUGGUGGUGGAUCACCAAUUCGAAAAUGGUCAGAGUACCAAGCCGCAGAGAUGUGCAAGCUCCUGGACAAAAUGUCCCCAGAAACAGCACCACAUAAGCCAUACGUGGCUUUUAGAUAUGCGAAUCCAUUGACCGAAGAGAUGUACCACAAAUUGCUUGCGGACGGGUUUGGGAAUGGGAAGGGAGGGAGAGCGGUUGCGUUUACACAGUAUCCACAGUAUUCCUGCUCAACGACUGGUAGUAGCUUGAACGAAUUGUGGAAGUGGAGACAAAGGUUGGAGGGCAAGGCUGCAGGCGCUGGCAAUAUUGCUGGUGGUGGAAACGAUGGGACUAUCAGCUGGAGUGUGAUCGAUCGAUGGCCUGUCCAUCCAGGAUUAGUCGAUGCGAUUGCCCUGAAUAUUGAGGAUAAACUAGCUACAUAUCCAGAGGAGGCCAGGAAGGACGUUGUGUUGCUCUUUUCGGCACACAGCUUGCCCAUGUCUGUGGUCAACAGAGGCGAUCCAUAUCCCUCGGAGGUGGCAGCUACAGUCUAUGCAGUUAUGCAACGAUUGAACUUCUCUAAUCCAUAUCGAUUGGUCUGGCAAUCACAGGUCGGACCUAGCGCGUGGCUCGGUGCGCAAACCAGCGAUACGGUUCAGAAUUACAUUCAGAAAGGCCAGAAGAACCUGAUUCUUAUCCCCGUGGCCUUCACAUCAGAUCACAUCGAGACACUAUACGAACUGGAUGAAGAAGUCAUUGGCGAGUCGGGUCACAAGGAUACAGUCAAAAGAACCGAAAGUUUGAACGGUUCACCUGUUUUCAUUCAGGCAUUGGCGGAUAUUGCAAAGGCACAUCUGGAAAGUGGAGAAGCUUGUAGCAAGCAGAUGGGAUUGAGAUGUCCCGGCUGCAAAAGCGAGAGGUGCGCAGAGAGCAAGAAGUUCUUUGCUGGUCAGAAAACAGGGCAGACCUUUGCUGUCUAG